CGACACGUGGCCUUAUAUCCAUAAUCCUUAAAAAGACCACUUAGUACGGCCAAUCUUUUCACCACUUUCAGAAAAAAAAAAUAGUUUUUUUUUAUUCAAGAAAAAUAUUUCUCUCUCCAGCGAAAAUAAGGUAGGAAGCUAGUAUGGCUGUUGCUACAGAAGAGCCUAUUUUCUCAAGGCUUGACCGUCUUGAUAAUAUUGUAAGUAUAGUCCUCUUGGGAUGUGUUUGGGUGCUUUAUUAUUAUUAUUAUUUUGUUUUAUUGACUUUUCUACUAAUCAGUUGAGGCAGUUGGAGGAUAUAAGAGGUAGCCAUAGAUCUCCAAAGAGCUCAUCAUAUGCAUCUACACCAUCAAGUGGUACCUUGACAAGCGAUGGUGGUCAUGUCUCAUCCGUUGAUUUCUCUCCAAAAAGUUUAGAGAAGCACUGCCGUCCGAUUGACGAUGUGAUCAUGGAGAUUGAGCUCAAAGGGACCCUCAUUCAAAGGCUGGUUCAUGUAGAGGAUCGUGUGGUCAAGUUAUGUUUGCAGUUAGAAGGAGAAUUUGAGGCAGAGAAGAGGAGGGAGGAGCAAUCAGCAGAGAAAAAGCCUAAGAAGAAGGGUUUAAAGCAAAGGAUUAACUCAUGGGUGAAAGGAAGUAAGAGGCAUAAAGGAAGGACUAAACAGUAGCUUUAAGGAGAGAGAGAGAGAAGAAGUGCAUGUUGUAGCCAUAUAGCACAAUGCUGUAUUUGUAUUUUUGUUUUUUGUUUUUUUCAAUUUUUUUCUUUCUUUUGAAGAUUUGGUACAUAAAAUAAAUAAAGAGUGUUUUUUUU